CCUAUACCCAAUCCACAUCCGACCUGAUAUUAUUAUUAUUGCUCCUCGGAAGCUUCAUCGGCGACCACGACACCGCUUCCGUUCACCGAUCACGGCCGCCGACACCUAUAAUUUCUCCUCUUCAAUGCUCUACGUUCUCUGUUCAUAUCCCUGCUGUGCCAUUUUUACACUCUGAAAGUUUCCUGAAUUUGAUCGUUUUCGUGGACGAUAUAGAGAUUCGUUUAUAAUGGUGACGCCUCCUUCUCCUCCUCCUCCAUCAUCAUCAUCAUCAUCAUCAUCAUCUCUUCUGUUGUCAAUCGAACCUGAAAACCUAACACUAACCCUGAUUCCAGGUCUGCCGGAUGAUCUAUCAGCUUUGAUCCUUUCAUUUAUUCCGUUUUCUCACCACGCACGCCUUAGAUCCACUUGUAAAUUAUGGAAACAAUUUUUGUCAUCGAAAACCCUACUUUCAUUUCGGCGUAACUACCUCCAUUUUUUCAAUUUAUCUCAUCUUAUCUGUAUUUUUCCCGAAGACCCUACGAUUUCUUCCCCUUACGUAUUUGAUCCACGAAAUCUCGCUUGGUGUCAUCUCCCUCCUAUGCCAUGUAACCCUCACGUAUACGGUCUCUGUAAUUUCACUUCAAUUUCUCACGAAUCUCACCUGUACGUACUCGGCGGGUCACUUUUUGAUACCCGAUCGUUUCCGCUUGAUCGGCCGUCGCCUUCUUCCUCCGCCUUCCGUUUCGAUUUCGUGACACAGAAUUGGGAAUCUGUUUCUCCUAUGCUGCUACCUCGUGGGAGUUUUGCCUGUGCUGCUAUCCCCAAUUCCGAUCGAAUCAUCGUUGCUGGUGGUGGGUCUAGGCAUACAAUGUUUGGAGCUGCCGGGAGUAGAAUGAGUUCCGUUGAGAUGUAUGAUAUUGGUAGAAACGAAUGGGUGGCUCUGGAUGGGUUGCCAAGGUUUCGAGCUGGUUGUGUUGGGUUUAUGGUAGGCAAUGAAUUCUGGGUAAUGGGUGGAUAUGGUGAAUCAAGAACCGUUUUGGGUGUUUUUCCGGUGGAUGAGUAUUACAGAGAUGCCGUGGUGAUGAAGUUCAACAAAGGUGAGAUUGGGAAGUGGAGAGAAGUUGGAGAUAUGUGGGACGAAGGUGAGAGGAGGAGGCUAGGGAGAAUCGCUGUAAUCGAAGACAUAAAUGGGGGUUCUCCAAGUGUCUUCAUGCUUGACAAAACUGACAUUUUUAGGUAUGACAUGGAUUGUAAUCGUUGGAAAAAGGAAACCAGCAUCCCAAAAAAGCUAUCAGAUGAAUCAUCGGUGGGUUUUGUUGCCCUGAAUGGUGAGUUGCAUGUGAUGGGAUCUGUUACUGUUAGCGAUUCAUCGGAGAAUCGGAAGUCAAGACAGAAUAAAAGGUCAGCAUCUCUGUUCUUACAAAUAUAUCAUCCUCAAAAGAUGAUAUGGAGAACCCUAAUCACAAAACCACCAUUUCAGCAACCUUUAGAUUUCAAAACUGCUGUCAUGUGCACCAUUAGACUCUAGGUUUCCAUGUGUGUAUUCAUACUCUGUAGUAGUGGUGGUAUCUUGUUACUGGUUUUCUCAACCAAAAUCUGCCACUCACUUAUCCCGUAUUAAAAUUGUUCAAAUGUAUCAAUCAGCACCCAGCACUCAGCAGUGUGUAUUAUUUAGUCUAUG